CAGCUGUGUCCAAUCACAGCUGAUCACAUAGGGGACAUCUACACUGAUAGUCAUCAAUGCCCUGAUUUUCAGUGCAGCCCCAUAAGUGCUGCCUUUCAGUGCCCAUCAUUGUCACGGAUUAGUGCCCAUCAAUGCCAAAUAUCGGUGUCCAUCAAUGCCACAUAUCAGUGCCCCUUAGAGCUGCCUUUCAGUGCCCAUGUGGGAUGCCUGUCACCUAUAAGUGUCAAUCACUGCUGUCUAUCAGUGCCCAUCACUGCUGCCUAUCAGUGUCAUCUAUCAUUGCCAGUCAGUGCCCAUCAG